AUGAUCCCGGCGCCGUUUAACGUACGAUACGGCAAUGGGACGAUGAUGGACCUGAUGGACGAUGCGAACGCUACGUGUAGUUCGGCUCAAGACUUCCACAACGCCUAUAUCAACCUCUUCAAAACGAUCGUCAUGUGUCUAGCCGGCGCGCAGAUUGUUAAAGAGAUCUACCAAUUCUACACGCGCCGCUGGGCCUACCUCUCGUUGGAAAACCUGCUCGAAAUCUUCAUCUACACGGCGGCAAUCAUGACGAUGUACGACUUCUCUCCCUGCUCCGAGCACUCGGCGAUACGUUUGAACUGGCAAUGGAUGCUGGCGACGCUGGGCACAUUCUUGGCGUGGAUCAAUUUGCUACUCCUCAUCCGCAAGCUGCCCCGGUUUGGCAUCUUCGUGCUGAUGUUCGUCGACAAUCGGCCGGAGUUCUCCACGAUUCCAAUGUCGAUCGUCAAGACGCUGGUGAUGACCAUUGGGGAGAUGGAGUACAACGGCAUCUUCCACGGCACAGUCGAUGUACACGAGGAGAGCCUAUUCUCCAAGGCGAUCGCGUUCCCGGUGUUUUUCCUGUUUUGCGUGCUGAUGACGAUCCUCCUGAUGAACCUGCUGGUCGGUUUGGCCGUCGACGACAUCAAGUCGGUACAGGAAAAGGCCGAGCUGAAGCGGCUGUCGAUGCAGGUCGACCUGGUGCUCCAGGUGGAGCGCUCGAUGUCGUUUUGGCGGAAAAAGUUUACGCGCUCCCGGCUUUCGUUCUACCCGAAUCGAAUCACAAAAUGGAAGAGAUUCCGUCGCUUGUUUGGUGCCAAUCAACUCGAUGAUUACAGCGAUGUUUACGAUCAGCAAGCGGCAGAGGAAGAGAGCAGCGGGUUGAAGCGCGAGCUGGGCAUGCAGCGCGAGCUGAUCAACCACUUGCAGACGAAUGUCGACUAUUUGUACGAGAAGCAGGUGAAAUUCCAAGAUAUGCUCGAGUCGAUCAUGGAGAAAUUGGAGACGAUUUCGAGCGACAGCCGGAAGAUGCUCGCAAAUUCUAGCUCAGCGGAGGCAGCGCAGAAGCUCGAAAAAUCGAGCUCUGCCGAGGCUGUGCCACCGGCUAGUCGAGACGCUACACACCUGCUCACAACUGACCAGGACUUCAAGAUGGCCGAUGACGAC